UGUAAUAUAAAUACAGUAGCAGAGAGAAAGAGGAAAGCUGAGUUGAAAAGGCCAUGGAUCCAAAUGAUGAAUCUACUGGAUCAUCUUUCUGCAGGGACGAAAAAGUGAAGGCCAUGGAUCUUUUGGAGGAAAGCUGGUUCUUUGAGAACUUGUUUAACACAAGGAGACCAAGGAUACCAAGAUGUAACUCUGAUCCGUGUUCUUCCUCAGGCCUAGUUGGCGAACCUGUGUUGCUGAAGGGAAAAGACUCUGAUGAAGCAGCCAACACUUCAUCAACAAGUAAAGUGACGGAACUGGAAGAAGAAGGAAAUUGUCAGACAGGAAGCAGUUUUAGCAGAAACAGGUUGGUGCACCAAUCAUCAGAUCCUCUGGUGCUUGAAGCUGCCAUUAAAGCUCAUAGCGGAGAGAUGAAAGAGGUUGAUAACAAGAGUGAGGGCAAUGGAAGGAGAAACAAACUGCUUAGAACACCAUCUUUACCUCCAUUUGUUGGCAGAGAAGAAAAGUUUCAAGUAUGUGAUCACAGACCUGGCAAACAAACCUCAAAGAGUUACAGCAUUCCAAGAAGUCGACUUGUGAGAAACACAGAGGGAGAAAGCAGCUUCGGCACAGAAGGCAUAAAAGAGAUGAGAAGAAGGUACUUGAAACAGAGGACGAUGAGGAAGAGCCUGAGCGAUCUGGAAUUUGAAGAAGUUCAAGGGUUUAAGGACCUGGGAUUCUCAUUUGAGAAAGAAACAAUAAGCCCAAGUGUAGCCAGCAUUAUUCCAGGCUUGCAAGAGAAAGACAGAGAAGAAACAGAGGAAGACAAGGCGGUGAGAAGACCUUACCUAUCAGAGGCAUGGCUGGUACAGAGUUGCGUUCUUCCUCCUCCUCCUCCAAUCCCUACUUACACUGCAAGCAAAUCUUCCAAGGACAUGAAGCAACAUAUCAAGUUUUGGGCCAGAGCUGUGGCCUCUAAUGUCCGCCAAGAAUGCUGAACUUACCAUUCAUUAUUGACGCAACAAGAAAAACAACUCUGCAAUCUAUUCCUUUCGUUUUUUUU